CUAAUUCAAAGGUGUAAACCACCCACCACCCAAAGCAUGUCCAUUUCCUGUGAAAUGUCAACUCAUUAGUUGAGCAAUCCAAGGUGUAAAUAGAUGAGCUUUUUAAGGCGUAUUUGCCAAAUCAAGCCGCAUUCAUCUCUGCUGUUAGCCAGAAGGAUGUCGAAGAUUUAUGUAAAAAACACCAAAGGCGAUGAGUCCUUACAGAUCUCAUUCGAGUUUUGCUACAACGGAAAAGGCAGGGAAUUUAAUGCAGUUAGACCUAAGACAGAGUCAAUCGAGGAUACCUUUAAAAGGAUAUCUCAGAACAUAGCGAAAUUCUUUAACAAAAAGAGUAAACGAAAAAGAAAACAAGGAGAGGAAGACCCAGAUGCACUGAACAUAAGUAUGAAGGUCUUUGGUCCAGAUGGAAAUUCAAGCAUUGCCUUGGAGUCUACCUCUGAAGAGGCUUUGAAACACGGGAAUGUGGUGACUAUUUCUAGUGAGAAAUACACUGUCGACGUUAACCCCCCUUACUGCCACUCCAUCCUGUUGCCUCAGAUUGUAAUGGUUGGGUUUCCAAUUUAUCCAAAGUUGGACACAGAAUUCUGCAGUUUAGAUGAUUCUGUGUAUGUCUGGGAGAAGGUCAAGUACACGGAGGUUGCAGCAAACAACGAUAACAAAAGUAAUCAACAAGAAUUAGAGAGAACAGAAGUAUGUAGAUGCUUAUCAUACAGUGCUGUUAAUGAUGACAUUGGUUAUAAGCUUGCUCUUACAGUGACUCCGAAAUGUGGCGACAGAUUGGGGAAAUCUGUGUCAUCCGAGUCCAAGUUUGAGGUCACCGCUGGUCCAGGUUUGUGCCCAUUUGAAGAACGUCAGAAGUGGACUGAGAAGCUAACUGAUUAUGAUGAGCUACGUGUUGUCAGUUACAACAUAUUGGCGGACGUGUAUGCGGAUCAGGAUUUCUCAAGGGACGUUCUCUUCAACUACUGCCCUCCAUAUGCCCUAUCUAUAGACUAUAGAAAACAUCUGAUUGUCAAAGAAUUACAAGGUUACAAUGCAGACAUUGUCUGUCUGCAAGAGUGUGACACCAAGGUGUUCGAUUGGGACCUUACGAAUGUUUUCAGCGUGCUGGGUUUUCAAGGUCACCUCAGGGAGAAGGAUGGGGUCAGGGAGGGGUCAGCCAUAUUCUUCAGGAAGUCAAAAUUCAGGUUAAUUGAAGAACAUGGAACAGUGUUGCGAGAGUUCCUUGAAACAGACAAAAGCUGCGAAGACCUUGUAAAUAAGACAUACAAUGUUGCUGCCCUGAAGGAAGUACUGGAGACGCGAUCUACUAUAUUACAUGUUCUGGCCCUUGAACCCCUACACCGGCCUGGUCAGGUCCUACUGGUGGCCAACACGCACCUGUACUUCCAUCCAGACUGUGCUCACAUCCGUCUCGUGCAGACUCUUACCUCACUCAGGUUCCUAGAGAAGCUUAUGCAUACAUACCGGAAGCAGAAGCCUACCAUCAUCUUCUGUGGCGAUUUCAACAGUACACCUGAGAAAGGCAUCUACACGUUGAUGACCACUAAGGAGAUAUCUGAGCACCACGCAGACUGGACGAGAGGUGGCGAAGACCAGUUUGCCCAGGGUAUGAACUUCACCCAUAACUUCAGCUUCGCCAGCGGCUGCGGCCUGCCUGCGUACACAAACUUCACGAAUGGUUUCCAUGGCCACCUGGACUACGUGUACUACGACAAUGGGGCCUUCGAGGUCGCCCAAGUGGUCCCACCUCCUGAUCACAGAGACGUGGAGUUCCACACGGCCAUUCCCAGUAUCGUGUUCCCGUCGGACCACAUAGCACAGAUCUGUGACCUCAAGUGGAAAAGUGUCUCACAUUUAUAGCUGCUUUUUUGUGUUUUAGCAAACAAAUUGUGUAAUUCAAAGUGUUUUUGGUAAAAAAAAAUAUCAUGCAAUCUUAUGUUGACAGCAAUGGUUUCAAUUUGAUUUAUGUGCCUUUUCACGUUUGGGUAAAUUGACAAAAUUGAAAAAAGUUGUUUCAUAACAUAUACGACGGUUAUUCCAUCAUUAUAUGUGAAAUACCGUUAUAAUAAAACCUUUCUGUUCCA